UCGCUUAUCAAUACAUACAUAAAACACUUGCAUAUACACCUAUAAAUUACUCACAUAUACAUGCAUACUACUAGAUGUUCAAAGAUACAUAUAUAAAAUACACGUGUACAAUAAUAUGAAAUCGAUACCAAUACAUAUAAUGUUAGCAACGUAUGCAUACACACUUGUGAAUAAGUUGCAUAUACAUAUAAACUUGACGCGUGCAUACACCUACAAACACUCGCAUAUACAUAUAAAAUUGAUCCGUGCAUAUAUACCUAUUAAACACUCGCACAUACAUAUAAACUCGCUGCAUACAAACACACCUGCACAUUCUCGCAUAUACAUAUAAACUUUGGUCCAUGCAUAUACACCUACAAACGCUCGCACAUACAUAUAAACUCGAUGCAUACUCACCAAUACAUUCUGGCAUAUACAUAAACUUUGGUCCAUGCAUAUACACCUACAAACGCUCGCACAUACAUAUAAACUCGAUGCACGCACACACAUCCAUAAAACACUCGCGCAUACAUACAAAAUAAAAUUCACUAAUGAAUAUAGUUCAUACAAGAAAGAGGUAUGAUUUAAUUGUGAACAUACAUAUAUUUGCAAGUGAUUUCAUAUGUGGAUGUGCGUGAACUUUUCAGUGUAAACGGAAGGCAUUUCAGUAUAAACGGAAGGCAUUUCAGUGUAAAAGGAAGUAGUUUGAGCGUAAACGGAAGGAACCUGUAAUUGCCGCAUUUACCAUCAUGGACAGAGAUCGUACAACUGAAGCAAUUAACAUUUUGCGAAAUGUUCUUGCUUCGCCUACUAUUAUUAGAUCAAUUGCUAAUUCAGUUGAAUCCAGUGUGUCGCCAUCUGCUCAAAUGCAGUCAGAAACAGAAUCUGAAUUGCGCACUUUGUUUCGGCCUUCGACGUCUGGUAUACAAAGCAUAAAUAACAGGCAAACGAUGCCAACAUCAUCCGGAGGCGAAGUUCAAGGACCACGAUAUCAGACUCGCCAGCAGUAUGGCAAUUGGCAGUCUCGAUGUAGAAAAAGGCCAAAGACACAGUACCAUCGUACUUUUAAUAAAGAUGUUAUACUGUUGACCUCCCCUGACGAUAAUGCAGUAGUAAAGCAAAAGAAUAAACAGCACUUGCAUGAGAUUGGACACAUAUUAAAUGCAUUUGAAUUUGACAAAUCAUGGGACAGCAUGACGGUUUUGAGAAAAAUCAAAGAAGCCUUCAAAGAAAAAGUGCCACCAGAUGUAAGAUUUCAGUUCACAGCAUUACUUUUCAGUCCUCCACCAGAGAUCAAUCCCCCACAAGGGCUCAAUUCUCCCCCAGUUUCAUCCGUGAUCAGUCCUCCACCAGUUCCAUUGGUGUGCAGUCCUCCACCAGAGUUCAAUCCCCCACAAGAGCUCAAUUCUCCACCAGUUCCAUCGGUGCUCAAUCCUCAGCCAGUUCCAUUGGUGUGCAGUCCUCCACCAGAGUUCAAUCCCCCACAAGAGCUCAAUUCUCCACCAGUUCCAUCGGUGCUCAAUCCUCAGCCAGUUCCAUUGGUGUGCAGUCCUCCACCAGAGUUCAAUCCCCCACAAGAGCUCAAUUCUCCACCAGUUCCAUCGGUGCUCAAUCCUCAGCCAGUUCCAUUGGUGUGCAGUCCUCCACCAGAGUUCAAUCCCCCACAAGAGCUCAAUUCUCCACCAGUUCCAUCGGUGCUCAAUCCUCAGCCAGUUCCAUUGGUGUGCAGUCCUCCACCAGAGUUCAAUCCCCCACAAGAGCUCAAUUCUCCACCAGUUCCAUCGGUGCUCAAUCCUCAGCCAGUUCCAUUGGUGUGCAGUCCUCCACCAGAGUUCAAUCCCCCACAAGAGCUCAAUUCUCCACCAGUUCCAUCGGUGCUCAAUCCUCAGCCAGUUCCAUUGGUGUGCAGUCCUCCACCAGAGUUCAAUCCCCCACAAGAGCUCAAUUCUCCACCAGUUCCAUCGGUGCUCAAUCCUCAGCCAGUUCCAUUGGUGUGCAGUCCUCCACCAGAGUUCAAUCCCCCACAAGAGCUCAAUUCUCCACCAGUUCCAUCGGUGCUCAAUCCUCUGCCAGUGGCCAGCCUUACACAAGACAGAACUCACCAGCUCAUUGUUGGCACAAUGACCAGUCCUUCAGAUCUGCUUCCUGGGAUGGUGAUUAUAAUACCUACCUUUCUCUCAUUCGGGCAGCAUCUGAAGAUGAGGAAGAGGAUGAAGAUCUUUCCUGUGCCAUAAUGGCAAGCAUUGAGGACCAGAUAAUCCCCCCUGAUGUGGAAAUCCCCAUCAAGCAAAUAUUGGAAGAACUUGCAACAAAAAUAAACUGGAAUCAAACCUGCAAGUUUAAUAUAAACCGUGCAUCUGUGCUGGAUGGUGCUGUACGGGGAUUUACAAGACUCUCAU